CCAACGCCCAAGCUCGGGGAGACCCAUCUCUGUCCCCAUCGGCCUGCCCCACACGCUGGGCCCUGGUCGGCUGCGGGCGGACUUCCGUCGGAUGCAGACCCGGGCACUGAAGUGCCACAGAGAGCCACGACCCGGUCACAGACACCCGUGGGCAAUCAGGACUUCGGUUCCCAGGAGCCCGUAGCGCAGCCUCCCAUUGGCUCGGCUCGGCGCUGCCCGGCCGCAGCGCUUCUGCAGGACUCGAGGGUUUGGCUGGAGCUCUGGGCGCCGGGGCCAGUAGGCGGGGGCGGCGCGCCGAAGCCUGCGGCUGCGGCGGCGGCGGCGAGCCCCGAAGCCGAAGCUUGGAGCGUUGGCCGCUGAGCAGACGCACGACAACCAUGGGUGAGGAUGCGAGCAGGAGCUUGGGGAAAGGAAGUGUCCCCCCGGGGCCGGUCCCAGAGGGCCUGAUCCGAAUCUACAGCAUGAGGUUCUGUCCCUUUGCGCACAGGACGCGCUUGGUCCUCCUGGCCAAAGGCAUCAGCCAUGAAGUUAUCAACAUUAACCUGAGAAACAAGCCUGACUGGUACUAUACAAAGCACCCUUUUGGCCAAAUUCCUGUCCUGGAAAAUAGCAGGUGUCAGCUGAUCUACGAAUCGGUGAUCGCUUGUGAGUACCUGGAUGAUGCUUACCCGGGAAGGAAGCUGUAUCCAUAUGACCCUUACGAGCGAGCUCGCCAAAAGAUGCUAUUGGAGCUAUUCUAUAAGGUACCACAUUUGACCAAGGAGUGUCUGGUAGCAUUGAGAUGCGGGAAAGAAUGCUGUGAUCUGAAGCUAGCCCUUCGUGAGGAAUUCUGCAACCUUGAAGAGAUUCUUAGCUAUCAGAACACCGUCUUCUUUGGUGGAGACUGUAUAUCCAUGAUUGAUUACCUCUUUUGGCCCUGGUUUGAGCGGCUGGAUGUAUAUGGAAUAGCUGACUGUGUGAACCACACCCCAGCUCUUCGGCUCUGGAUAGAGGCCAUGAAGCAGGACCCCACGGUGUGUGCUCUUCUCAUAGAUAAGAACAUUUUCCUGGGCUUCUUGAAUCUCUAUUUUCAGAACCACCCCGAUGCCUUUGACUAUGGGCUGAAUUGCUGAGCCCCAUGGUCCACCCCUUCACCACCCAGAAUUCCCAAGCAUGUCGUGACACUGUACCAGGAGUUGUUUGGGUGGGUCAAUCAAUCUCUGUUGUUGUUUUUUUUUUCCUUUGAGGUUCCUAAUAAACAUGGAGACAGAACAGG